CCGCUGAGGGAGGAGAGGGAGAGGGACAGCUAGAGGGAGUGCCAGAGGUGCAGGGGGUGGGUGGGGGGAUGGAGAGCGAGAUGGCGGACGCGCCGGCCGCGGCGGCGAUCCCCGCCGCCGCCGAGCCGCUCCCGGCGGUGGCGGAGGAAGGGGAAGGGGAGGCGGCCGAGGCGGUGGGGUCCACCCUCACCAUGGAGCGCGUCGCCGCCACGAAGAAGUUCAUCGAGAACCACUACCGCUCGCAGAUGAAGAACAUCCAGGAGCGAAAGGAGAGGCGCUUUAAAUUGGAGAGACAGCUAGCUUCUUCUCAAGUUCCCAAGGAGCAGCAAAUCAAUUUAAUAAAAGAUCUGGAGAGGAAGGAAACUGAAUACAUGCGACUUAAGAGGCACAAAAUUUGUGUGGAUGACUUUGAGCUGCUCACCAUCAUUGGGAGAGGUGCUUUUGGAGAGGUUCGACUGUGCCGAGAGAAGACCUCUGGCCACAUUUAUGCAAUGAAAAAACUCAAGAAGUCUGAUAUGGUUGUCAGGGGCCAAGUCGAACAUGUCAGAGCCGAAAGAAACUUGCUAGCUGAAGUUGCUAGUCACUGCAUUGUGAAGCUUUACUAUUCUUUCCAAGACGCUGAGUACCUUUACCUUAUUAUGGAGUACCUCCCUGGUGGUGAUAUCAUGACCCUUCUCAUGAGAGAGGAUACCUUGACUGAACAUGUUGCGCGAUUCUAUAUCGCAGAAACAAUUCUUGCUAUUGAAUCCAUCCAUAAACAUAACUACAUCCACAGAGAUAUUAAGCCUGAUAACCUGCUUCUAGAUAAGAAUGGUCACAUGAAGUUGUCAGAUUUUGGGCUGUGCAAGCCAAUCGACUGUUCUAAGCUCUCAACCUUGAAUGAAGAUGAACCCAUGGGCGAUGAUAACCUAAGGGAAUCAAUGGAUGUUGACAGUUCUCUGUCUGACACAGCAAAUGGUAGAAGAUGGAGAAGUCAACACGAGCAACUUCAGCACUGGCAGAUGAACAGGAGAAAAUUGGCAUUCUCAACUGUUGGGACACCGGACUAUAUCGCUCCAGAGGUUCUGCUAAAGAAGGGAUAUGGAAUGGAAUGCGACUGGUGGUCCCUGGGCGCUAUCAUGUAUGAGAUGCUCGUUGGGUAUCCACCAUUUUAUGCUGAUGAUCCAAUAACUACAUGCCGAAAGAUUGUGCACUGGAGAAACCAUUUGAAGUUUCCUGAGGAUGCAAAGUUGUCAAAUGAAGCAAGAGAUCUCAUUUGCCGGUUAUUAUGUGAUGUUGACCACAGGAUUGGCAGUGCAGGGGCAGAUCAAAUAAAGGCACAUCCUUGGUUCCGAGGAGUUGCAUGGGAUAAACUUUAUGAAAUGGAAGCAGCAUUUAAGCCUCAAGUAAAUGAUGAACUGGAUACACAGAAUUUCAUGAAAUUUGAGGAAUUGGAAAAUCCUCCAGCAAGAACAGGCUCUGGGCCCUCAAGAAAGAUGAUGCUAAACUCCAAAGAUCUGAGCUUUGUGGGUUAUACAUACAAAAAUUUUGAUGCCGUGAAAGCAAUAAAAAUUUCAGAUCUGCAAAGGAAUUCAUCUCUAACAAGGCCCUCCAUUGGUUCAAUAUUCGGUCCACCAGGCAUGGAUUCUCCAAUGGAACCAAACGGCAGGGACACACAUAUGCACACCGUUUCAUCUGGUGAUCCAAUGAUUCCCUAACCGUCAGUGUUGUUUGGCCUCUGCAAAGUUCCAAACUAAAUCAGCACACGAAACGCCUGGAUGAUGUGGUUCCAUCUGGACAACCUGCUCAUUUUUAGCCAGGUUUCUGCAUUUUUAACCGUGGGUGGGCGUUUUGUAGAAAUCCAGCAAAGUUUCUAGUUGUAAAAUAGCAUGGCAAGGACUUUAACAAAGGUCCCAUGUGCUAAGGGCUCGUCGGACAUAUGGGGGGCAGGUUUUUGGAGAAAUUGCACCUUGCGGCUGGCUGCCCAGGUUGGCGGAGCAAAUUGCGGCCUUCUCUUGUGGCAGUUCCCGGUCUGCUAACAUUGGAUCACGGAAAGGAAAUAAGAUGGUGUUCUUGCGGCAGGAAUUACAUGGCUGAGCUGUUGUUGUUCGUGAUGGUGUUUGAUAUGUAUCAGGAAUUUUUCCCAUUUCUGAAGUAGGAAUUCUCGUAGCAGAGCUGUUGUAGCUAUUUAUAAGAAAACAUCUUUUUACAGCAUCUUUGGCUCUUGAUCUGUGACCCACCCUUUUAGGAACUCUGAACUCUGUGCGGUCUAUCAUUCACCUGCUAUUUCUCGUUGAUUUAUGGAACCUGACAUGUUUUUGGUGAAGAUUCAAGUUGUGAAUUU